CAUAUAUCAACUAGAUAUGAAUCAUUAAACAAAGACUAUCACCGUUACCAAAGAAAAUACUACAAAUCAAUUAUGUUUUCUACAACUGUAUUACCAGCUAUAAUUUUCCUAACGUUAACCCUUCUUUAUCCUUCAAACGGACAAUUGAAUGCAACGUUCUAUUCUAACACAUGUCCUAAUGUGUUAUCCAUCGUGAAGAAUGCUGUUCAACAAGCUCUCCAAUCUGAUUCACGAGUUGGAGCAAGCCUACUUCGCCUUCAUUUUCAUGAUUGCAUUGUUAAUGGGUGUGAUGCAUCAAUUUUAUUAGACCAAGGGGGAAACAUCACACAAAGUGAGAAAGAUGCAGCUCCCAACUCCAAUUCCAUUAGAGGAUUAGAUGUAAUUGACAACAUCAAAAGCUCUCUUGAAAGUUCAUGUUCAGGCGUGGUAUCCUGUGCUGAUAUUGUUGCUCUUGCAGCUGAAUCUUCUGUGUCGUUGUCAGGGGGUCCAUCAUGGAAUGUACUGCUUGGAAGAAGGGAUAGUCUAACAGCAAACCAAGCUGGAGCCAAUAAUUUAAUACCUUCUCCAUUUGAGAGCCUUGCCCAGAUCACAACCAAAUUCUCUAAUGUUGGCCUUGACACCACUGAUCUUGUUGCAUUGUCAGGUGCACACACAUUUGGACGUGCUCGAUGCCAACUUUUCUCCCAAAGGCUAUUCAACUUCAGUGGCAGUGGAAGCCCAGACCCAACAUUAAACUCAACCUAUUUAGCCACACUACAACAAAAUUGUCCACAAAAUGGAAAUGGAUCUACUUUGAACAAUUUUGACCCUUCAACUCCAGACACAUUCGACAACAAUUACUUUAGCAAUCUUCUAAUAAACAUGGGCCUUCUCCAAACGGAUCAAGAGCUUUUGUCCACUAAUGGAUCUUCCACUAUUUCAAUUGUUAACAACUUUGCCAACAACCAAACUGCAUUCUUCAACCAAUUUGCUCAGUCAAUGAUCAAUAUGGGUAAUAUUAGCCCCUUAACCGGAAAUCAGGGAGAAAUCAGAAUUGAUUGUAAGAAAGUCAAUGGAAGUUGAAGAAGAAAAACUAAGAGAAACUAAAUAAGUUAUGUUAUGUCUUUGCAUUUAAACUAAGUUAGUGUGGGAAUGUGUUAGGUGAUAAAUUUCACUAGCAAAAUUUGUGAAAAUAUUUUAGCUAUUUAAAUAAGCUUAGUUUUCAAAGACAAAAAAGGUGUUGAGAACUGAAGGUUGUGUUUGAUGCGAAACGCACUCGACAUAAAAGGAGUGUGUUAAUCAAAAACAUGUAAGAUCGAUUUCAUUGUAUAUGUGAAGAUAUAUGAAAAAUAUUAUUAAUAAGU